AAAAAGAAUAUGACAUUAACAGGCUCAACAUGUUUGCAGCAACAGACUUGAAAGUUGAAACUGAAGAUGGGAGAGGCAACAGAAAGGUAUGCAGUUGUGACAGGUGCAAACAAAGGAAUUGGAUUGGAGAUAGUUAAGCAGUUAGCCUCAGCAGGGAUCAAGGUGGUGCUCACAGCAAGAAAUGAAGAGAGGGGUCUGCAUGCAAUGGAAGCAAUAAAAGCCUCAGCUCAAUCUCACCUUGUAAUGUUUCAUCAGCUGGAUGUGGCUGAUGCAACCAGUGUAGCUUCUCUGGCUGAUUUUAUCAAAUCUAAGUUUGGAAAACUUGAUAUUCUGGUUAACAAUGCAGGGAUUGGUGGAACAGUAACCAAAGANGUUGGUUUAUUGCCUUCAGUUAUCCUUAGCCGUGGGGCUGUAUCAGAAGAAGAUGGAACAAAGGCAAUAACUGAAACAUACGAGCUAGCUGAAGAAUGCUUGCAAAUAAAUUACUAUGGCACUAAAAUAACUGUAGAAUCACUCAUGCCCCUCCUUCAAUUAUCUGAUUCACCAAGAAUUGUGAAUGUUUCGUCCUCUUUGGGGCAAUUAGAGAGUUUCCCNAAAGAAUCAUGGGCAAGAGGAGUGUUNAGNGAUGNUGAUAANCUGACAGAAGAGAAANUGGAUGAAAUAGUGAAGAAAUUUCUAANUGAUUUCAAAGAAGGUNNAUUAGAGAGUAAAGGGUGGCCAAAGUAUCUAAGUGCCUAUAUUGUAUCGAAAGCUGCUAUGAAUGGGUACACGAGAAUCCUUGCAAAGAAACAUCCAUCAUUCUGCAUAAACAGUGUUUGCCCUGGUUAUGUGAAGACAGAUAUAACAUCAAACACUGGUUUUCUAACAGUUGAAGAAGGUGCUGCUAGUCCUGUCAAGCUUGCACUUCUUCCCAAUGGUUCUCCAUCUGGUCUCUUCUAUUUCAGAACUGAUGUUGCUUCCUUUUGAUUUCUAGUUAUGCAAUUUUCUGGUUUGAGGAUAAAACCAGUGAUUUUGCUUCUCAAUUGUUGAACCUGUUUCAAGCACAUUAUAUCAUGUUGUAUUUGCAUAAUGUCAUUUUCAUGUUGUCAAUUACUAUUCUGGGUUACAACUAUGUUUAUUGAGCCUAUUUCUGUAUUUCAUAUUUCACAGAUGAAAAGUUGCAAAAGUUCUUAGCAGUUUUAUAAGACAUGAAGAAAUUAACAGAGUGAUCAAGAUCCUACCUUAACUAGAUAUAAAUGGUUAUGAACCUCUUUUUACAGACUAAUUUUAUAAAAAUAA